AUAUAAUUAAUUGUCAACGUCCGAAGAAUAAAUUAACUUGGUUCCUGUGGCUGGGUGCUAUUAUUCCCGAGGUGCUCUUUGUCGUUAGCUGCUCUUGACAAAACUCCGUGUUAGAAACUUUUGUGUUAGUUUUUAAAAAUGAAUUUUGAGUUGGUUUUAGUAGUUUGUGUCGUAGGUUUGAGUCACUCUCAGGGACAAAUGCCAACAUUCACUUGCACUAUUCCAUCGCUGUGUAACGGUGGCGGUAACAUUAUAGAUCCUCGGAUUUUAAGCCCGAGUACGUCUGCGGCAAUAGGGACUGGAGGUUUUCCAAGCGGUAAUGGAGGCUUUCCAAGUGGUAAUGGAGGCUCAACAGGUGUUGUUACUCCAAAUGUUGGUAUAGUAUCGCCGACUAGUUGCCCCAGCGGGUACAUUAGCUGUACGAGCGUAAUUUGUGGAACCCCGUCAGUUUUGCCUGGUCCGAACAGUGGUUUCGCCACCGAAAAUGCAUUUCCUUGGCAGGCCUUCUUGAGAAACAAUAACAAUUUGGGACAGAAAAAUGGCUACGCUGGAGGUGGCGUCCUGCUCGAUCAGUUUCAUGUUUUAACUGCUGCACAUAAAAUAUCAAAUUUAUCAAGCAUAAGUGUAUCGAUGGGCAUUUACAACACUGGCAAUACGAAUAACGUCCAAACGUCGCAAGUCGCUCAAGUGUGGAUACAUAGCAAUUACAAUCAAACCUAUCUUAAGAACGAUGUGGCCAUCUUGAGGCUGGCCACACCGAUGUAUAUGAAUAACCGUGUGAUGCCGAUAUGUUUGCCACAAUCUGGAAGAAAUUAUAUUGGAUCAUCAAGUGCUUCCUGUGUCGUAUCCGGAUGGGGCCAGACAAAUUUCAAUACGGACAACGCACCGACUCAGACACUGAAGCAAGCUCGUGUUCCGAUUGUUGCUAAUAACCAAUGUACCAAUUCUUAUACCAACAUAUUGGGAGCUGCCAACACUGCUGCCUAUUUGGAUUUUCCCAAUGAAAUAUGCGCAGGAGGUGAAAGUCAGUUGGACGCGUGCACUCAAGAUGGUGGAUCUCCAUUGGUCUGCACAGAUAGCGGUACCCAGUACAGCUUAGUCGGUCUAGUUCUUUGGGGAAAAAAUUGUGGACAACCUGGCAGAUAUGGAGUUUACUUGAACGUUCCAGCUUACAUUGGUUGGAUCCAGUGCACGAUACAGUGCCUGCAAGGGAUGCAAACAUGCAGUUCUUGUCCUGCUCAAAGAUACUUGUAGUUUUACUUUUGAUAUCUUAGUACAAAUCAUGUGAUA